AUGUUUUUCAGGCUUAUACUUGGAAUAAGUAUAACUUCAUUUUUACUAACUAUUCUUCUCGUCUUGGGAGACUCGCCGAGUUUCAGAAACACACCGAUACAACAUGCAAGACAUCAGUUGAUCCAAUUGUUUGGUAAAUUGAAUAAUUUUUACAAUUAUGUUGAUCAAAAAACUAAUGGCAAGUUUGUUCAAUAUCUUGGAUGGUUGGUGCCCAUAGGUUACCUCAUUGUCAUAACUGUUUGCUUUCAACAGUUUUGGGUCAAGACAAAACCAAUGAUUGAAGUGGGCUCAAUCGAGUUGAGUUAUAUUCUACUAUCAAUGGCCCUUGUUUACGUCGCCACGGUUCUUUGUGUAUUGAGUGAUCCUGGUCUUGUCGAUUCCAAAUCGUUAAAAGGAUAUCCAUAUCAGCCAAAUCAACUAAUAUUCUUUAGGGACAACAAGUGCAACACUUGUCAGAUCGUUAAACCGGCAAGGUCAAAACACUGUUCUCUAUGGACGGUAAUUACGAGAACGACUGAUGCAAACAAGGUUACGGGUAUUUUCCUCAUCAUAUGCAUUAUUUUCACACCAAUCGUUGUGCUCUUUACCGGGUUGCACCUAAGAUAUAUAUACUUGGGAGUUACUACAAACGAGUUGGAUAAGUGGGGUGAAAUUGAGCACCUUGUCGAACUAGAGUUGUUGUACAAAGUCUCACCCAGUAUAGAUAAUGAGGUGUAUGUUGAGAAAGCAAGGGACUCAUCUGGAGCCACCGUGUAUAUAAGUUUGAAAGAUGAGACAAUUUUGCUCCACGAGGCCAAAUCAUUGGGUUAUGAUAUCACCCCAGUAGUGUCUGUUGUUGAUGACUUGGUAAAUGACUACGAUCGAGGGUUUUGGAACAAUUUUAAAGAUAGGGUGCUAGUGUAA